GCACCCGAGCGCACAAUCAUCCGCGCGUUGGGGCGGAAGCGGGCGUGUGGUGGGGGGGUGGAGUGGGGACCGGAAGCCGCCGAUGGGUCCGUGAGGAGUCCGCCCGCUCUUCCUGGUGAUGGCCGCUCCACGAGGUCGGGGUCUGGCUGCUCCAGGAGGUCGGUGUGGGCCUGGGCCUGGGCCUGGGGUGAAGCCUCGGGCUCGAGUUCGGAUCGGGACCCACGGAGGAACCUUCCACUGCGACGAGGCUCUGGCCUGUUUCCUGCUGAGGGUCCUCCCCCAGUAUCAGGAUGCGGAGAUUGUUCGAACGCGGGAUCCCCAGGUGCUGGAGGAGUGCGACGUGGUGGUGGAUGUGGGAGGUGUCUACGACCCUGAGAAACACCGUUAUGACCACCACCAGAGGUCCUUUAUGGAGACGAUGGCGAGUUUGAAGUCUGGCUCCCGUUUUGUCACAAAGCUUAGCAGCGCAGGCCUGGUUUACGCUCACUUUGGGAGGAGGAUCCUGACCCAGCUCCUGCAGAUCGACUGCACUGACCCCCUGCUGGACAUCCUGCAUGACAAGCUCUAUGAAAACUUUGUGGAGGAGAUUGAUGCGAUUGAUAACGGGAUCUCCCAGUGCGACGGAGAGCCCCGCUACAACGUGACGACCAACCUCAGCUCCCGUGUCGCGAACCUCAACCCUGCGUGGAACGCCAAGGAUCCGGACACUGAGGAGGCGUUUGGGAAGGCAGUGAAACUCGUGGGCUCUGAGUUCUUGGACAGGCUCCAGUACUAUCACACCUCGUGGCUUCCUGCUCGCUCGCUGAUCGAGGAGGCAAUUCAGGACCGGUUUAAGGAGGACGAUUCCGGGGAGAUUGUGGUCCUGGGGAAGGGGGGCUGCCCCUGGAAGGAGCACGUCUUCGAGCUGGAGAAGCAGCUGCAGAUCGAGACCCCCAUCAAGUUUGUGUUGUACACGGACCAACAGGGUCAGUGGAGAAUUCAAUGUGUCCCUCAGAGUCCAAACUCCUUCCAGAACAGGCUCUCGUUGCCAGAGGAAUGGAGAGGUCUGAGAGACGGCGAGCUGUCUGCUGCCAGCGGGAUUCCAGGCUGUGUCUUCGUCCACGCCAGCGGCUUCAUCGGGGGCAAUGUCAGCCGGGGCGGGGCCCUGGAGAUGGCGCAGGCCGCCCUGUGCAGGGGCUCCGCACCCCGACCCCCCGAGCCGAGCUGACCUGCCAUCCCUUACCCGCGCGCAGCAAAUAAAAUCCACCGAAACCGC